AUGGCUACUACAUUCAGGACCCAUCUCACCGGGCCGGCGAAAUGGGCGGAGAAGACUCCAACCGCGCCCGCGUUCAAGGUUCCUCAAUGGUCUGAGGCAGGCGAGUUCGGUGGUUGGAAGCCAGUCAGCUAUGCACAAUACUGGGGUGACAUCGAGAAGUAUGCUCGUUACCUGUAUAAUGAAUUUACUCGGCAAGGCCUGAAGGAACGCGAUACCGUGGGUGUCUGGACCUCUGGAGCCAACUAUGUGGACAUCGUGCAUGUUUGGGCAGUUGCGAGAGCAGGAUUUGUCCCAUUGCUCAUCUCUAUACGCAUCCAGCAUCUGGGAGCACUUGAUCAACUGCUGAAAGGCGGAGAAGCAAAGGGGCUGCUGUAUAAUACCGCGGUUGCCAAGCCUGAGCUAGAUGUGGUUUCUAUACCUGCAGUAGAUAUCAAGACAUUGGAUACGACCGCGGGAGAAAAGCCUCUUCCUGAAAUUUGGUUUCCCUCAAACGAAGAUGAGAUUGUUAUGAAAUACCACUCAUCUGGAUCCUCUUCUGGAAUGCCAAAGGUGAUCCCGAUGACGGCUCGUUGGGUCGAUUUCCUUCUGGACAAGUUGGUCGAUGCCCUUGGGUCUGAUCCAAACAAGCAGGAAAACACUUCCGCCAAUGGCUCUGCCGUCCAUCUUGCGGGAGCGAUGACCAUCAUUGCUAGCCACUACCAAGGCCAGUGCAUUGUGAUCUGCAAAGAAAUCAGCAGCAGCCGCGAAGAACUCAAAGCCUUGAUAGAGGACCAUGGCCUGACCCGCAUCGUCCUGUUCUCCACAUUCUUGGCCAAGUUCAUUAUUCAGGCUCGCUCUGAUCCGGAACUCCUCAAGCUGCUUAAGAGCCUCAACAGAAUCAUCCAUGGAGGUGUGCCUCUGGAUGAAAAAUACGCAAAAGAAGCCCGUGAUCAGGGCAUCAAGCUGAGGGAUAUCUUUGGCAGCACUGAGAUCGGAGUGGCCAUGAUUUCCGGCGACGAGGGGCCAAACGAGGCGUAUUUGAGGCCUAUCGCGGGCACCAAGUACAAAUUCGUCCCUGUCAACGACGCAUCGAACGAGUCCCAAAAUGGCGCAAGCGCACCUAAACUGCUUGAGGUGAUUAUCACUGCUGAAUCUGGGGACUGCCCACACCCAUCGUACAGGAACAAGGAGACGGGUGACUUCCACACCGGGGACCUGGUUGAGGAGGUGGCCCCGGGUUACUACCUUUCAAGGGGUCGCAACGAUGAUUGGAUGAAGAUGCAGAAUGCAGCACUCUGCGAUACUCAGUCAAUCGAAGGAAAUGCCCUGGAGGUGGCCGGUAAAGAUCUCAUUGGCGCCGCUGUUUGCAUUGGCCUUAAGCGGCCGUCGCCAGUCCUGGUGGUUGAGCCUUUAGCUGAUGGGGAUGUCCCUUCGACUUUGACAAAGGAUGUCUUUGAAAGAAUCAAGCCCUUCCAUGAACGAAUGUAUGCGCAUGAAAGAAUCGACGACGCAAAAUUCAUCAUCGUUGCUCCCAAGGGUUCGCUCCCCAAGACUCCCAAGGGGAAUAUUCAAAGGAAACCCGUUGAGAAGACCUUUGAGAAGCAGCUCGACGAACUGUUUGGACAGACAAACCCUUAA